UAGAGUUGACGAAUCCCUUCAUCUUCACACUCACAAAGAGGAUCUGGCAAGCAUGAGGAUUCAAUUCCGAGGACCAGUGGAGCAGGCCUAUUGUCAAUAAUCCAGAAAACAUUACCCCGCCGAAAUCGCAUAUAACCAGACUGUCGGAAACUCUGAGAAAACCCACCAAAAUUCAACCGCAUGACCGCGAUCAUCAUACGCUUAUGAAGGCGCUUCGUCUUCUACUCUCCAUCAGCAAGCCAAGUCCCUCACUGUUGUUCUCCCAAAGGCUCUCCCUUUUCUCUUCAGCCACUAACCCUAGUUUUUCGAAUUCCUUCUCAUCCUCCGACGACGGCGACGACGAAGAAGGCAGCGGCAUUUACCGAAACAAACUCAAGUUCCAGCGUCCGAAAGCAAUCACGCGGCGCCGAUGGGAGGAGAGUUUGAAUUUGGGGAACUCUUGUAGCUUUAUCGGCACCGUGACUCACCCCCUUCGGGUCGUGAACAACAACGGCGGCCCCUUUGGAGUUCACACCGGCCUUCGCGUCAGAAACUCCCCGAAAUCUGAGAGCAGUUUUUGGAUAUUGCUGAAGAUGUGGGAGGAGAUGGCAGAAUUGUCCGUCAAACAUUUGAAACCGAAUGAUUUUAUUUAUGUGUCCGGCCGUUUAGGUUCUUACACGAAGGCUGACCAGAAUGGGAAUUUGAGUAUGCGUUAUAAGUUAGACGUGAAGGAGUUGAAUUAUGUAUCACAACGUGGACACGGAUUGAGCUCCAAAAAUCACAAGGAACCACAAUGCAUUGAAGGUGGAGGUGAUUUGGACAAGUAUAAGGACCGCCUUCACUUGUGGCAAGUGUUUUUUAGCAAUCCAUAUGAAUGGUGGGAUAACAGGGAAGAUAAGAAGAAUCCGAGACAACCAGAUUUCAAGCACAAAGAUACAGGCGAAGCUCUUUGGCUGAUGCCAAAUGAUCCUCCAUGGAUUGAAAAACAACUCCAGUUGCUUGAUGAGAGAAUGCCAAAACAACUACGCGGCCAACGACAUUCCCGCAUUUCUGAGUGGCAGUACGAUGAGUAGGUGCAGGCCUUGAAGUAACGGAUUGUUAUAUUGGGGCCUUACGACAGACAUACUUGUAUCGAAGAUCGAUUGAAUAUUGAGUUUACCAUGUUCAGAUAUGAUUCGAUUGUGCAUCUAGGUCCUUUAAUUUAUCUUGUCUCUAGUUUGUUACAUGGAUUGCAUGUUCGCUUA